GGUGAGGAGGGCCGAGGAUCACCGGCAUUGUACCGUUAAGCUUUUCGCCGCUUUACUGGGACGUUACCUCAUCUUUACUUUACUAAAUUCUGUUUUGACUAUUCUGCUCUCUUCACCCAUACAGAGUUAACAGAGGGUAAGCGACGUAAACAUAUCGGAGACAGAGAGAGAAAGAGAAAGAGAGAGCUAUAGGAGCUGGCGUCUGAGAAGUGAAAAUCCAAAAAUCCGUUACUGAAAAGGUUUAAUGGUCUCCAGUAAACCAGGAAAGCUAAUUCUGUGGAUUAAUUAGUAGUGCUUCAUAACCAACAAACUCUACCCUGGAAUAAGACUUUUCCACCCUUUUGCAUAGGAUAUAUUUUUCUUGUACUGGAAUCUUUCCUGUUUCACCUGUGCAAGGACAGCGACUGGCAGCAGAGGAGGUGGGAGAGGACGUACUGCUGGCCGGGGAGAAAAAGAAGAAAAAGAAGCGGUCGAAGGAAAGGGAGGGAGAUCAUUUCAGUUUCUCUCGGAUGGGAUUCCUCAGCCAGUGGAUGGGGGGAUGAAACCGGGAGAAAAAGACGAGGAGAGAGAGGAAGAGAGAGGGGAGAGAAGAGGAGGAUAUAGUCGUCGGGCGCUGUGAGAAUGCAACGCACCCCUCUGGAAGACAGGAUUGAACUAUAAACCCAUACGGAAUUUACACCACUCAACGGCUAUUACAGGUAUUUACCUCGAUACAGCUACGUAUACACCUAUAUGGGGCAUAUUCUCUUAUCUGGAACCUAUCUGUGUGGAGUUACAAGUAUCAUCACCACUACCAAUCUAAUUAUGGGAUUUGGAAAGAUAAUUGCGCCCUGACACCCCGUGAACGAAGAAACCAUAUUCGAGAAAAGUGAGUGAAAACACAGAAGACCUUUGGCUGGACCCUCAUCCAGGAUGUUGUAGCUAUGGUAACAUGUGACUCCUGAAGCCAAGGGUUAUCUGCUUUUACAUCUCAGAAGGUGUUGUGCCCAGGAGGGGUGGUAACCAUGGAGAGGCUGUUGCUGUGUUUGAUGCUCAUAAUUACCAUGGCAGUGCGGGCACAGAUCUGCCCAAAACGCUGCGUAUGUCAGAUCCUGUCGCCCAACCUGGCAACCCUCUGUGCCAAGAAAGGUCUACUGUUUGUACCACCAAACAUUGACAGGCAUACAGUGGAACUACGGUUAGCUGACAACUUUGUCACAAGUGUGAAGAGGAAAGAUUUUGCAAACAUGACACGGCUGGUGGACCUAACAUUAUCAAGAAACACCAUCUCCUACAUCACACCUCAUGCCUUUGCUGAUCUGGAAAACCUCAGAGCCCUACAUCUCAACAGUAACCGGCUGACAAGGAUAGGUAAUGAUACUUUCAGCGGGAUGUCAAAACUUCACCACUUGAUUCUGAACAACAACCAGCUGGUGCUGAUCCACCAGGGAGCAUUCAAUGACCUGUUGGCGCUGGAGGAACUGGACCUCAGUUACAAUAACCUGGACUCGAUUCCAUGGGAGGCCAUCCAGAAAAUGAUCAGCCUCCAUACAUUGAGUUUAGACCACAACAUGUUGGACUUCAUUCCAGAGGGAACCUUUUCCCUUCUACAGAAACUCAACCGGCUGGACGUCACCUCCAAUAAACUCCAAAAGCUACCCCCAGACCCUCUGUUUCAACGAGCACAGGUACUGGCCACGUCAGGGAUCCUGAACCCCUCUUCCUUUGCACUGUCAUUUGGUGGGAACCCUCUCCACUGUAACUGUGAGUUACUGUGGCUGCGAAGGCUGAACAGAGAGGAUGACCUGGAGACAUGCGCCUCACCACAACACCUCUCUGGCCGAUACUUCUGGUCCAUCCCUGAGGAAGAGUUCUUGUGUGAACCCCCACUCAUCACCAGAUACUCUCAUGAAAUGAGGGUGCUCGAAGGGCAGAGAGUUGCACUCAGGUGUAAAGCAAGAGGUGACCCAGAGCCGGCCAUCCACUGGAUCUCUCCUGAGGGCAAACUUGUAUCUAACUCCUCCAGAACGCUGGUCUACACCAACGGUACCCUAGACAUCCUCAUCAGUACUGUGAAAGACACUGGCUCCUUCACCUGCAUCUCCUCUAAUCCUGCUGGUGAAGCCCAUCAAACAAUAGACUUGGUUAUUAUAAAACUCCCCCACAUCUCCAACAACACCAACAACAUCCAGGAGCCUGAUCCGGGAUCGUCGGACAUUUCCACGUCGACCCGAGGCGGGGCCAAUGGGAGCAACGUGACCGGUGACGUGAAAGGCGGGGUGGAUAAGAGGGUGGUGAUAGCUGAAGCAACAUCGUCAACUGCGCUGAUCAAGUUCAACUUCCAGAGGAAUAUUCCAGGCAUUAGGAUGUUCCAGAUACAGUACAACGGGAGCCAGGACGACUCGCUGGUCUACAGAAUGAUCCCGCCAUCAAGCAAAAACUUCCUGGUCAACAAUUUGGCAGCAGGGACCCAGUAUGACCUCUGUGUGCUGGCCAUCUACGAUGAUGUCAUCACCUUUCUAACAGCUACACGUGUGGUUGGCUGUGUGCAGUUCACCACUGAGUCAGAAUAUAUGAGGUGUCAUUUUAUGCAGUCGCAGUUCCUCGGCGGGACUAUGAUCAUCAUCAUUGGAGGGAUAAUAGUGGCCUCAGUGCUCGUUUUCAUCAUCAUCCUGAUGAUACGGUACAAGGUGUGUAACCCCGGCGAGGGUGGUAAAGGCGUUUCAUUGUCAAUGACCAAUGUUCACUCGCAGACCAAUGGGCAGCAGUCACAGGGAUGCACUGUGACUCCCAGCGUUUCUAAACACGGCUCAAUCGGAUUAGACGACCUCUCAGGAGGCACUAAGAAAAGGAGCGGAGCAGCAGGAGGAGGAGGAGAUGGGGGCAAGGAUACGGUGACUCAGUCGUCCGACUCAUCCCUGCCUGACUGCUCCACAGCUACAUCAGUUCUCAGCCAAACUUGGGGAGCCAGAAGCCCAGCAGCUGGAGCUGAGGAACAGGAGAAAGCAGGUGAAGUGAGAGCUGAAGCUGGCGUCUUGUCGCCCUCUGCCACCACUGGAUCACUCCCCAAGCCAAAGCGGAAGCCCGCUCCAAGUAAGCCGGGCCCAGCUUGCUUAAACACCUCAGCUGCUCAAGAAAAUCUCCCUUAUCCCUCCCCUCACCCUCCUUCUUCAUCCUCCUCCAACACCUCUUCCGCUCUCCUCCCCUCUUCUGGCCCUUUGGAGAACCUCAACACCAACCGCAACAACUCCACCUCUCUCAGCCAAACCCCGCCUCCUUUUGCUCCUUCUCCUUUCUCCAGUCCUCUCACCAGCCUGAGCCCCACUGUCUCCAUCCAAUUUGGAGAAAUACCCAUUCUACGCCGGGCUCCUCGCACCACAACCUCCUCCUCCUGCGCCAAGUACCAGACUCUCCCUGUGGAGGAGGGAGGGAGGAGCAGGGCGAGGAGGAGGUACUCACUCAGUGAAGGAGGCUCUAAGACUCAUUCAUCCCAUCAGGGAGGAGGAGGAGCACCAAAAUUAGGACGCAUAAUACGGAACAAAAGGAGCCAAUCAAUGAGUGGGAUGCUUCUCCCUGAAGAUGGGGAUGGAGACUCGGACAACCGGCAGUGUGAUUCAGACUGGAUCUUAGAAAGCACGGUUUGAACCAGAAUAAUACAGCGACAUAAAAUAAACUUUGGUUUAUUCAUUAUUGUUUAUCUUUUGUAUGAGAUGAAGUGUGAGAAUGCAUUAGUUUCUGUUUGUUUAUGGGUGUAUGACUGUGAGUGUUUGUGAUAUGUUUUUGCCAUCUAGAAUGUGCAUUUUGGUGUGUGUGUGUUGUGUCAUCAUGUUAGUUGGGACUGGAUGACUGACUGUGACUGUGUUUUCCAAGCAACCAUGUCUUCUUUCUCUUUUUUUUGUCAUAACUCCUCUCCACAGCUCUUCGCAUUCAGUUUACAUUUUCUUCACUCUGAAAGUAUCUGUUUUGCAGUGGGGUCAUUCAGUGAGUGGAUAACUUGCCUUUUCUCGUAGCGUCCUUGACUGAUCUUGUUGGUCCCACUUUAUAGCACAAAAGAAAACAAGAUAACUGGCUUGCCAGGUCAGUUCCUCACGCUCACCUUAUCUGAAAAUACCACAAAAAGGGAAUAUUACAGGAAAAAAGAGGAAUAAAAAAACUACAAGAACUGAAAAACACACCAAUGUUAAACUUCACAUGCCCACAGAAAGUGUACGUCCAUAUCGUGGCAAGAGAAUAGCAGUCUGUGCCUUCUUUUGCACUAGCAGACCCUCUGACAGAUGACAUAACCAGAUUUAGGACUCCACCACGGCUCCACAAAUGAGGGAUUAGCACCGAGAGGACAAACAAAGGAAGAGAGAGAUUUCACACAUAGCCUUUCAUACCUUCUGAGGAGUACAGAUGUUUUGUUGACAUAUAGACACAAACUGUGACAAAAGUAACAAACAGAUAAAGACUUAAAUGGACCUCUUAUGAAAUUGAUAUUUUUUAAAGGGAAGAAUAAACAAAAAAGAACAUAUAAACCUUGUGAGCUUUUCACUGACACUGGUUUACUAUAGCCUGUGUUGGUCACAAGCUCCUGGGAAGCUUCUGUACAGAAAAAGACAACAUGUACUGUGUUGUUAUGUUGUGUAAAAUAAAAAGGGGAUAAAAUGAAACCUGGAAAUGUGAAAAGUGUGUCAUAUACAUAUAUGUUUAAAAUAUGCUUUACUCGUUUUCUGCAUAUUUACGUAUCAGGGAUGAGGAAAUCACAAUACGAGCUUUUAGAAACAGCAGUAAUGUCUCCAGCAUCUAUUUCUACUGUGAUGUCAGCAAAGACAUAUUCACAUUUUCUUGUUUUCACUUGUCUUGUGAUUUUAACCAUCAGCUUUCGGCUAAAACAAAACUAUAUGUGCACACAUACACAUACUGUCUGGCUAUUUAUUUAGAGAAUCUCAUUUCUAAACCUUGUAUUCUUUCCUGACUGCAAACGCAUUGCAAAAAACUGCUCCCAUGAGGCUCUGACAGUGUGCCAGUGAGGCUCGUGGGAUAUGUUGGCGAACGCUGAUGAAAAUGAUCAUUAUUUUAUCUUUGUUAAAAUGAUGAAGUGUUACCGUCCAGAACAGUAAAUUUACUGAAAAAUGCAGGAACACAUUAAAGUCUUUGAGAAAACCUGUUGAGCAACACAGUCAAGCAAGCAGAAUAAAAGCUAGAUAAGAGAGGGGGCAGGACUUCAGCUCUCUGUAUGUUCUCACACAUACAACACUCUCCUAAAGUGACAGACCUUGACUUUGUAACGCAGCAGCUGCUCCCCACUCCACUUUAAGGAAACAUGACAUUGUGAGAAGUACUAAUACUAAUAAAAUUUGUGUCCAAUAGUACUGUAG